GCGCCAUUUAAUGUCAAGGAACACGUGAGAAUCUCUUGGAAUUGUGAUCACAACCUCCGUGAAGUAAAGGCACUUGACCAUUUCAAUUUAGAGCGCAAUAGUUGUAGAUGAUCGUGUUGUUGUGACCAGCGUUUAUCGAUUGUCAGAAGGCCUACGAUAAGCGUUAAGGCAGAUUCUGCUUGCUUAGGGAGCUUAAUAUUCGUCGAAACGAUCUGAAUUUAUAGAUGUCGUGAACUCAUUUAGGAUAAGCGCGCACAGAUAGUGAGCAUUUCUGUUCUCGGAACUUCGCCUCGGUCUUCUUGGCAAAAAAGGUGUCCCCUCUCAAAAUGUACUGUGUGCCUGUGGUGGUGUUUCUGUCCUGGCGUCGUUGUUUUUGAAGUGAGACAUCAAAUUUCACCGCCUUUGAUUACGGCAGAACAGUCAGAUGGUCACAGAUGCGACAGGGAGUCAGUGAUACCGGUUUCUGAUAAUAUUUCCGAUGGUUUUUCGCAUGUGUACUGCUGGCGCGUACUGAACCACCUCCACACCUGCACUAUGUGGACGUUGUGCAGGCUCACUCGCUAGAACGCGUAACGAUGAAAGCAGACUCCUAAUGAAAAGUUUCAGGUCAUUUCACUGAAGAACACGCGAUUUCUAGUAAGCAGCCAGCGUCACAUAUUAGCGUGUCAACCACCGGAGUACAGACUGAUCGUUCAGUGGAAGACGGGGAUUACUAAACGAAAGCAAUACAGAGCAGGAGAUAAAAGACAGUCAAUUUUGCCACGCCGUCUCAUUCACCCCUUUGUAUCGGAAUGUAGUGGUGCUCACCAGCUGUACCUUCAGUCACUUUUUCUCUGAUACAUGGUGACUAAAAAAGGAGGCCGUGUCGGUGCUGCUCAGUAAUUGUCCGCCCUUGAACGGUGGGUCGAAAAAUCCCCGAAACCGUAUUCACAGAAAGAAAAAGGGGUACCUUCGUUCAAAGUGUUUUCCGGUGGUGCAGCUUCGGGUUUUUUGAGAAAACGAAGACAAUUAAUUUGAAUCCGAGUAAAGGUCACAGCUUAAAAGAGAGAAGGUGCACGGUUUGCGGCGACCUGUGAUACUGUUUACCGGGAGUGUCCCCAUCUAGUGUCGGAACUGCUCUACCUCACGUCAUCCGUGGAAAUGACGUUUUCUUCCGUCACUGCACAUCUUUACGGCUACCAAAACACCGUUUACUAAUGCGCGCUAUAAAGAAUCGGAGUCUGGUAGACGACUGCGUGCAGUAGUAUCUGAAAAAUCACUGUUCUAAGUACUGUAGGAUUUGACAAUCGAGACGGUCCCGUUCCACCUCACCUGAUCUCGAAACUUACUUACAGUGCACUACAGUGAGUGAACCAACCAAGUGGAGGAGCCACCGGAAGUCGGCGAAAAUAACCUAGUACACAUGCGUUUUCAACAUUUUUCAGAGCCUUCUACACGUCAACCUGAAAGCGGGUGCCGCGUCGCUACCGUUUCCUGUGGCGUCUCUAGUGCGACAUCCGAAGUAACAGUAACGUCCGGCAUGGAACGCCGACGCGGGUGUUCCAGUCGCCUGGCUCCUUCUACUCGCACUUCGAUGUUACGUUCCUUAUUGGUGCGACGCGGUUCUCGUGUUGCUAGACGUCGCACCGGCUGAAAGCUGUAGAAAAUUUAGUUAUUUUCCUGUCAGCUAGCUUGCAGGAGUGCGUUUUUGUGUGUUGGUUUCGUCUCACAUGGCUGCUGAUCUGUUGAUGCAGCUGUGUACACGUGCCUCGAUUCUGUAGUUGACCUAGAACGGAUUUGCAAAGAUGGGCCAGGCGUUGUUUCUCACCGUUCUAUUGCCGGUGUUAUUUGGCGUUGGGCCAGAAGCAUAUGGAGAAGCGUCGCAUUCUCAUUCGCCGGCAUCGGGACGUUAUAUACAACAGAUGCUUGACCAACGCUGCCAAGAGAUUGCUGCAGAACUCUGCCAAGGCGGACUUCGUAAAAUGUGUGUGCCCUCUAGCCGGAUAGUAGCUCGAAACGCCGUGGGCAUUACUCAUCAAAAUACACUUGAAUGGAGAUGCUUUGAUACAGCCUCUUUGCUGGAGAGCAAUCAAGAAAACAACGGUGUUAAUUGCGUGGACGACUGUGGCCACACGAUACCGUGUCCUGGCGGCGUACACCGGCAAAACAGUAAUCACGCAACGCGCCAUGAGAUACUGUCCAAAUUGGUCGAAGAAGGAGUACAACGGUUCUGCAGUCCUUAUCAAGCAUCUGCCAACAAGUACUGUAACGACAAAUUUCCAGGGACCAUUGCGAGGAGGUCGAAGGGCUUCGGAAACAAUGUCGAGGUUGCGUGGAGGUGUUACGAGAAGGCCAGCUUGCUGUACUCGGUUUAUGCUGAGUGUGCGAGCAACUGCGGAACAACGUGGUACUGCCCUGGAGGACGACGAGGGACGUCGACAGAACUAGACAAGCGGCAUUAUACAGAAGAGGAAGGAAUUCGCCAGGCAAUCGGAUCCGUCGACAGCCCAUGUUCUGAAGUUGAAGUCUGCCUACCGAAGGAUGAGAAUCCCCCGGUGUGUUUAGAUGAAAGUGGCCAGAUUUCACGAACUGGUGGUGGGCCACCGUCACAACCGCCUGAGAUGCAACAGCCCGCCGAUCGUUCGGACGAGAGAGGUGGCGGUAAGGAACAGUCGCCUGGAGGAGAAGCUCAGCCGGACCAUCCAACGAAGGGUGGUAACAUAGACCUGCCUGAGAAAUCAACAUCUCCCGAGAAGACGCCGAAAACCGAGAUCCAUGGUGACAGCACGAAAGCGACGCUCGAAGAGGGGCAGCAACUAACGCUCACGUUUAUCUCCACUAAACUGGAUGUUGCUGUAGGCUCGUGUCAUUCACUCGUCGCGAAUUUCCUUGAUGGAUUUUUGAAGUUUCAGACGGGCUCAAAUUCGGCGUUCGAUGUGGUAGAAGUGGAAGAGCCAGCAGGACCCGCAGUGCUUACGAUAGGUCUGGGACACAAAGGCCGUCUCGCUGUUGUCCUCGACUACACCAGGCUCAAUGCUGCUUUAGGAUCAGCUGCUUACGUGGUCGAAGAUUCUGGAUGCAGCUCAAGUGAAGAGGUUAGUUUCCAAGGAGUGGGUAGUGGAGCGACGCUCGUGGUGACGACGCUUGGCGAGAGUCCUACGGCCGUCUCUGCUUGAUUUAUAGUACUCUUUGGAGCAUGCUUGUGGAGGAACGGGACAAUCUCGGCAAAAUCAGGAUGAAGUUUGUGAGAUACAGAUCGUUCCUGAACAGUGGAAGAUGCGUCACUAUUACACCUAUAUGCGUCCUGGUUCUUGUAGAGUUGGAGUUCUUGCAGGUGUAAUGACUAUGACAUACGGAUAUAACUUCAUACGGGGAACUGUGGCUUUCUCGAGAUUCCGCCCUCAGUGUUUCUGUUGCAUGCCGUCCCACCGUAUUUCGGGGCCUUGUAUUGAAUCUACUUUCUGAGGUUCUUGCUUAUCUCUUUAAUGCAGCAUGUUGCCCGAAUUCUUGUUACGCGGUCAGAUGUUUCUUGAGUAGUGAAUCAAAAUGUAUUAUGGUGUAAUCCUGUCAGUUUUAUACGUAUUGUCAUACGUCCACGCAUCUCACGUACGGGCGCGAACGCAGCAAGUGACGAGAGAUCAUCCCACUCGUUUGGUGACGCUGCAAAAUACAAGUGUAUUAUACGGUCAGUCGGCUCUACAACAUUCAAAACGAGUUGUCUCGCUUCAACCACAAAGCGCCACACUACGCAGAGGACCGACGGAAGGCGUUAAUGCUUGUCGGCGAUAGUCAUGUCCUGUUUAGUCGUCAAAUUGCUUCUCCCCACCGGGCGAAUCAGGAGUUACUCGCUAUGUGAAUAGUUGGAGAUAGUGUUUCGUGAGUAGUAAACGGGCUGUUCAAUGCAGGUAAAUUCUAUAGCCGGGUCAAGCUCAAGCUUGGUGGUACAACAACAUCUCUAUGUAAAAGUUAUUUGAUACGAGAUGCCGCGAUCACAUUUUUGGAGAGAUCUGCAACAUGGGACUUCUGGUAGAAGGCAAUAAAUAACUGC